CUCGCCUUAUGUAGUCUGACAAGAUCUGAUUUCUCUUUACCUUUAAUUGUUUGCCAUGAUGCCUGGUUCGUCCGUCGGCGGGCCAGGCGAGGCGAGGAAAGGCGCCAUCCAUGUUGCCUGAGGUGAUUAGCUGCCGAGAGUAGUAAGAUUGUGCGUCGGGACAUGUAGUGCAGUUGUCUGGCCAGGGUCCCAGGUAUUACCGUGGGGGCAUCGAGAUUUAGGUUGCGAGGUGGUGGCUAGGUUGUGGUGGAAGAGCUUCGAUUCUCUCUCUCUCUCAGCUGAUAUGUAUGGAGCAAGGGCGCGGAUGGGAGGUGACAGGUGUAUUCUCGGAGAUAGGAAACAGGAAAUGUAAAGUGAUCAAUGAUAAGCUCAACAGCAUAUAAGGGCUAUUCGGCAUCAGUGACAUUUCUAGCUUGCCAGAGGAACCCCUCGAGAUAGCUAUUCAGAAGCUUAUAUAUUCACUUCCUGCCCCCACUGCAGCGAAACUGAUCAACAUCGAUCCAAGAAGCAAUAACUUCAAUGGCCUGUGCUGGUUUCCCCUGCUUAGCAAUGAGAUGGACUUUUACGUAGCUGGACAGCUGCUAGACGAUUUCACACUCCUGAGAGACGUGAGAGUAACAGCAAGGGGCCUAUCAGCCAGUGCCCCGUCCCUCAUGUACAUCGGGUAUUCCAAUGAAAAAGAGGUGGAUAUCUUGAUGAACUACGGACCACAAUGCGAACUUAUACCUGACAGAAUGCAGCAGCUUAUUCAUGUAAAAUCUUGCACAGGAGACUACUUUGGGGCCAUCACUUACCAUGUAAUAAAAAUGCCCUGCACAAUGUUUGACGUCAUAACUGGAAAGACCCGCUGUCAACCUGAAGAUGCCAAGAAGUGCCGGUAUGUCAUCACGGUGGUAACGGAGGAAGUGCAGUGUCUGCCACUUGACGUACAAACAGAAGCUGACUGCAAGUAUUUGCGUAAGGUAGGCACGCUAAUGUUAGAACUAGGUAUAUGUGUUGUUGGCUCAUACUCAAGAGUAAUGUUCCUUUAAUCAACCACUGAUGAUGCUAUACAAGGAUGUUCAGAUAUGGGAACCAUGAACAGAGCUUUCAGUUGUUUGCAAAUUUGAAGCAAAGCGGUAAAAUGUAUUAUAACAAUCGUACGAAGUUAUUCUAAUUCCUAUGCUACGCUCUAGCCAUAUUUAUGCUAUUCCUCUAAAGUUGGUGCAAACAUGUAAUGGAACCUCAACAAGGUAACCACUACGAAUUGCUGCUACCUCGUUGCACAUAGGCUAAGCGAAAGUAGAUUUUUUGGACCCUGUCUUGAGCUGCCUUACCUCUGUGAAAACUGCCAUAGUUCAUCAAUAUGGUUGCUGGCAUGCUCGGCAUCUGCAAUUUCAUAUCA